GCAGCCAAUCUCUCCCAUCCUUGAAAACACAACACGGGGCGGCGAGGUCAUGAUGCUCUGUGGACGCGUCCGUGCGGUGGCGUGGAUCGACGUGGGUGCUGCGACCCGUGCGUUCAGCUACGUAUCCAUACCAGCAGCUGACACGAAAAAGCGAGGAUUGCCACAGCUGCAACCCGACCGGUUCAAGGUCUUGGCAAACGCGUGCUUGACGCGAGUGGAAAGUGCCCUCAAGCCUCUGCAUCCCCCCGUGAACGACGUCUUUGUCGUGUCUCGAACGUCGAAUCCAGAUUCCUUGUUGUUGUCCCUGGCGGCGCACGAGUUCCAACUCAAGGUGCUAGUCCGGUCGCAAAAGAUCGAACUGGAGUCCCCCGUGCGUACAACUCGUUGAUCGCGCAUCACGGCACUGCCAUGCAUUCCCCUGAUUUCUUGUCGAUAGAUCUCGGGUUCUCGAUCGUAUGUGUACAAUACCAAGACGUUACGGUGGCAAGAUCACGUUGACGGCCACGACUUGGAAGGGCUGCUUACGCGGGAUAUCAUGCGCCUGUGUACGGGCAUUCCUGACUUCUGACGCGUGCAGAUGUAAGAUGCAAUGCAUGAGUGCAUCCUGUUGGAGAAACAAUGUUGGGUUUACCCUCG